UCUCGCAGUGUUUUUGAAAGAGUCAACACAGCGGAGAUUGAAAUUUUGGCGUUUUUCGUUCUUAUUAGCUCAGGUGAUGGAUAAUCCAGGUCGCAGUUUGUAUUUUGGAGGCAGCAUACAUGUCGAUGGGAUUAGAGCUCCAGACCAGGAUGAGGAGGAAGAGGAUGAAGAGGAAAAUCGAAAGCGAGAAGCGGAGAUCCAGGGGAUGUUGGCAAAUGCCUUUGAUGACUUAGAGGAGGAUGAGUCUUUUGCCCAACAGUCUGGCUAUAAUUCCUUUGCCUUCGGAAAGGAAAGAAGGGAUUCUGCCUAUUAUGAAGAUGGCCGAGGAGGAAAGGAGCACAGUGAGGCCUCGUACAGGAAUUAUGAUAUUGGAGACAGACACGGGGAUAAUGUAUUUGAUAGGCUCGGAAGUGAGUCACAGGACAAGAGGGUUGAUUUUGAACGUAGAGGAAGUUACAGUGAGAGCUAUAACGUGCAGGAACACCAAGGCCAUGGGAUCCUCAAUGGAGACCAUGCUUCUCAUGCCAACAGUUCAGGAAGUGUCACGCCAUGGAGUGAUGAUAGCCAUGAUGAGGAAAGCUCUGAGAGGUUUACCCUUUGGCUUAUCAUGAAACUGCUCAUGACCCUUACCACAUCACUGCUCAUGAUGAACACUGGUCUAGAUGUGGAUCACAGUGACUAUAGACCGGAUGCACGCAAGGAGUACGGGGAGAGCUCGCUAGUAUAUGCUGACCAAGUGAAUGAUUAUCAGGCUGACAAGUAUAGAUCACUUGUUAACAGAGAAGCACAGGAGAAAGUUACUGAGGCAGAGUUUCGUGCUGCUGACACUCCACAAGAUCAGAUGAAGCUGUUGUAUGAAGCUCGGGGAAGGGAACUGGACAGGCUGUCAUCAGAGCUGUCGACACUGAAGUUUGAGAGUAGCCGUGACAUUCGUGUGCUGCAGCACCAAAUUAAUCUAGUCACAUCAGACAGUGAAAGCAAAACAGCCAACAUAAAUCAGUUACAGACUUUGCUGUCAGAGAAAGAAGAGAGGAUAAAGAGCUUGGCAGUGGAUCUGAAGGAACUCCAGAUUAAAUUAAAUACAAGGAAAAAUGAAAAUAAAAAGUUACAUUUUGAGUUAGAGACAGCACAGUCAACCAUAUCGAGCCUGGAAUGUCAAAUAUCAGAACUCAAAGCUGCUGACACACUUACAAGGAACCAGAAAUUACAUGAAGAUUUUGUGACAAAGUUGAAACAAGGUAAUGAGGAAGAGAGGGAGAUGCUGUUAAGUAAACUACAGGUUACACAAAAUCAAGCUGAGCAGCAUGAAAAGGAGGUGACUCGACUCAGAGAUGAACUAAGGAGUCUAAGAGCAACUUAUGAUGAAUCUCUGGUUCAAAAGACUGAAACUGUGACAAAAUUAACAGUGACCAAUGAAACUUUGCGCAAGCAGUAUGAGGACCUCAUGAAGUCCCAUGAUGGCCAGCAGAUAAUAGAACUGCAGAUCAAGGUCAGAAGUCUGGAAGCCACCAAGGACAAACUAGAGAAUCAAGUUUGUUCCUUAGAAUCUGAACUAACAAAGGCAAAAGAGGAGAUUGAUGGAUUUGACACAGCAAUGAAGCUAGGCAUUCUGAGUGAAGUAAUUCCUGGUGAAGACUCUAUGGUUCAGCUUGGAAUAAAAAGGGCACUGAACUAUGAUGACACUAUACCAGGAGAACGACAGGCAGUUGGGGAAAAGUACACCGAAGCUCAGGAGAAAAUAAAGUUAAAAGAAGAAUUAAAAAGAAGUUUGAUGAGCAACAAAGCAAAGAGAGAUGAGAUUAGCCAAAUGCAAGAGGAAGCUAGUGGGAAACAACUGAAGAUUAAAAAGCUAGAGAGUGAACUGAAGUCAGCUCAAACAGAGAUCAAAGAGCUGAAAAGCAAUCUUCUAAAGACGGAGUUAGCACAAAGAAAAAACCAACAAAAGGAAAAACAGGGAACCAAAAAUGAGGAUGGAGAGCCGACCGCUCUUUAUGCCGAAAAUGUUGGUCUGAGAGAGGAAUUGAUUCUCUUGCAUGGGUCUUUAAGAGGCUUAGAAGAAUCAUUUGCAGCAGUCAAAGAUGUUGUUGAAAACUGGCAGCAGAACUUGCCCAAUUUAACUCGGGAAACAUAUGAUGACUGCAUGAGACGAUUUGAUAAGCUUAUUGCUCUUGCUGAUUUAUGCUCUAAUUCUGUGAAAGACAUGAAGCAUUACCAUGACUUAAUUUCUAAAGUGCGGGAUGAAAACAACAACAUGCAAAAGAAGCAAGCACUUUGGGAGAAGCAAGUGGACAAUGUACAAAUAAAGCUGAAAGUUUUUGAAAAGAUGGUUGUUUCAGCUAAGACUGACUUGGCAAAUGGCUCUGAGUAUGGGCACGCAGUUAAUGUAAUCGAAAGACUUCUCAGGGAUUUCAUAGAGCAAACAGAUAUGCAUAAGAAAAAUAUUGAUGUUCUGGCUGAAGAGAAGGAAAGGGAAAAGAAGGAAGCAUUAGAAGAUUGUCAAGACACUUAUAUGCGUUUCCAUGAGGAUGCUAUGAAGGAACUGGAAAUGAAAAUGAGAAAGGAAUAUGAAAAUAUUUCCAACAUACUGAAGAAGGAAGUAGCUCGACUUGCUGAUGAACUCAGUAAUACUAAAAAGAUGUAUAUUAGUGUGUGCGAGGAAAAGAAAGAGUUAGAAGAUCAGUUGAACAUGAAGAAGGAUGAUAAUACAGAACCUUCAACAACACCAAUGAUGCAAUCAAACACAUAUCGCGUUUCCCCUCACGAUUCUGGGGUGGAUAUUAAUUCUUGUCAAAAAACUGCUGUGCCAUUGCAAUACACUAAGCAAAUACAGGAUCUUCAAGCAGAGAUUGCCAACUUGAAAGAAGCAUCAAAGAAAGAGAGUGAAAGGAUAGAUUUACUUAAAGAAAGUCUUCAAGUACAGUUUGAGCAGCGUUUGAAGGUGGAGACAGAGGCAGCACGACAGGAGGCUCUGAAAUCAUUGGACAUGUUACAGAAAAAGUGUUCUACUUUAGAGGAAUGUAACCAAAUCUUAAAAGAUAGCUGUACUAGCUUGGAGGAAGAACUGCAGAAUGUCAAGGAGACGAACAACAAUUCUGAGACUUGUUCCAAGGAGAUUGAAAACUGUCGGUAUAUACUGGAGAGGCAGCGCAAGCAGUUUGAGAAGAAGGAGGAAGAGCUUAGAACUCAGUACGAGAAAGAAAUUGGAGAUUUCAAGAAUCUUCUUGCAGCGACAAAGAGCAAAAAUCUGCAGGAGAGUGAAACAAUUGCUGAAUACAGAAAAAAACUUGGAGAAGGGACAAGAAGAUACAGUUGGUUAUGGAGGAAUUAG